AUGAGCUUCUAUUUUGCUAUUGUCGGCACAAAAGAUAACCCGAUUUAUGAAGCCGAAUUCGGGACCUCAAAGCAAGGUGGUGAUGGCGUAGCUCGAGUACCCCUCCUCCCGUAUUGUCACCAUCGUCUUUGACCUGGUUGUUAAUGCCGCCUUAGUUCCGCGAAGAGCAGCGUUCUAUGAACCAGUUCAUCGUCCACUCAAGCCUUGACAUAGUUGAAGAAGUCCAGUGGGCUACUCCCACAAUGUUGUACUUCAUAUCUUAUCUUCCAUGACCUGCGGCUAAUGUUAUUAGGUACAUGAAAUGUGUUGAUAAGUUCAACAAUCUUCAAGUCAGCUGUUUUCUGACCGCCGGAAGUAUAACUCCAUAUUUUAUCAAUGCCGGCUGGAGUGUAGAGUUGACAAAGACGUAGAUAUCAAAUUUUUAUUACUUCACGAUCAAAAAGCAGACGAUGCAAUUCGUCAGUUCUUCACAGAUGUGUAUGACCUUUACACAAAAACGCUCAUGAACCCAUUCUACGAGGUCGAUAUGAGGAUCACUAGCGGGGUGUUUGAUGGAAAGGUUAAGCAGGCUGCCAAGAAGUACCUC